AUGGGUGCUGGCAGCCCGCGGCGGGGUGCUGGCCCUCCGGAUGGUGGCUGGGGCUGGGUGGUGCUGGGCGCCUGCUUCGUGAUCACGGGCUUCGCCUAUGGCUUCCCUAAAGCUGUGAGUGUCUUCUUCCGGGAGCUCAAGCGCGACUUCGGGGCAGGUUACAGUGACACAGCCUGGGUGUCCUCCAUCAUGCUGGCCAUGCUCUACGGCACAGGUCCCUUGUCCAGCAUCCUCGUGACGCGCUUUGGUUGUCGCCCGGUGAUGCUGGCCGGUGGACUGCUGGCUUCAGCGGGCAUGAUUUUGGCUUCCUUUGCCUCACGCCUCCUGGAGUUGUACCUGACGGCUGGGGUGCUCACAGGCCUGGGCCUGGCUCUGAACUUCCAGCCGUCGCUCAUCAUGCUGGGGCUCUACUUCGAGCGGAGACGGCCCCUGGCCAAUGGCCUGGCAGCAGCGGGCAGCCCUGUGUUUCUGUCCACGCUGUCGCCUCUCGGGCAGUUGCUGGGGGAGCGCUUCGGCUGGCGUGGCGGCUUCCUGCUGUUUGGUGGCCUGCUGCUGCACUGUUGCGCCUGUGGGGCUGUCAUGCGUCCGCCCCCCGGACCCCCGCCGCGCCGAGACCCUGCGCCCCCAGGAGGCCGGGCUCGCCGGCAGCGGCUGCUGGACGUGGCAGUGUGCACCGACCGUGCUUUCGUGGUGUAUGUGAUCACCAAGUUCCUGAUGGCGCUCGGGCUCUUUGUGCCUGCCAUCCUGCUGGUGAACUACGCCAAGGACGCGGGCGUGCCUGAUGCCGAGGCCGCCUUCUUGUUGUCCAUCGUGGGCUUCGUGGACAUCGUGGCACGGCCGGCGUGUGGUGCUUUGGCGGGCCUGGGGCGCCUGAGACCCCACGUCCCCUACCUCUUCAGCCUGGCCCUGCUGGCCAAUGGACUCACGGACCUGAUUAGCGCGCGUGCGCGCUCCUACGGCACCCUCGUGGCUUUCUGCAUCGCCUUCGGCCUCUCUUACGGCAUGGUGGGGGCGCUGCAGUUCGAGGUGCUCAUGGCGACCGUGGGCGCGCCCCGCUUCCCCAGCGCGUUGGGCCUAGUACUGCUCGUGGAGGCCGUGGCUGUGCUCAUUGGACCGCCCUCUGCCGGCCGCCUGGUGGAUGCUCUGAAGAACUAUGAGAUCAUCUUCUACCUCGCUGGCUCUGAAGUGGCCUUGGCGGGAGUCUUCAUGGCAGUCACCACCUACUGCUGCCUGCGCUGCUCUAAGGACAUCCCACCAGGUCCAUCUGCUGAGGGAGGGACCAGUGACACGGAAGAUGUGGAGGCUGAGAGGGACUCUGAGGCAAUGCCUGCCGGCACCGAGGAGCCCAGCAGCCUUGACGCUCUGGAGGUGCUGGGUCCCCGGGCUGGGUCCCCAGAACCAGAAGAGGAGGCAGUGCCUAAGCCAUGA